UCUGUCUUCGCGCUCGGUUCAGCUGUAGGAAUAAACGGUAAACGGAAUCGCGUUCAAGCAAAGUCCCCGAGAUCGAUCCCCAUUCGUUCUUCUCCGACUCGAAUAAUAAAAAAUCAUCACUAGAAAAGGAAUCCUCAUUCGCUUAAACCAUAAGAAUAACGUGUUAAAGAAAAUUAAACAAAUUGUGCAAUAAGUAAAUGAAAUCAGAGAACAAUCAACGAAAUAAAAGAAUCUCUCAAGAGUAAACAGUUUUCAUUUCAAAAGAAUAAACAAAUCUACAGAGCAACAUUCUCUCUCACUCGUUUGCUCUCUUUCUCUCACCUACACCCCCCACAAACUCACUCACACACACAUUCACCAACACAGCAACAUAAUGAGUGUUUGUGAGAGCAAAGCCGUUGUGCAACAGCAACUGCAACAGCAAUUGCAGCAACAAGCAGCCGCUGCCGCCGCCGUAGCAGCCGCUGCCGUCGCACAGCAACAACAACAACAGCAGCAGCAACAACAACAGCAGCAGCAGCAGCAGCAACAGCCCCCGCAAGUGGUGGUGCCCCAUCUGACGCCCCAACAACAGCAACAGAGCACACAGAGCAUUGCCGACUAUUUGGCCCAAUUGCUGAAGGAUCGCAAGCAGUUGGCGGCAUUCCCGAAUGUUUUUACGCAUGUGGAGCGACUUUUGGAUGAAGAAAUUGCACGCGUGCGCGCCUCACUCUUCCAGAUCAAUGGGGUCAAGAAGGAGCCACUGACACUGCCCGAGCCCGAGGGCGCUGUCGUGACGAUGAACGAGAAGGUUUAUGUGCCAGUUCGCGAACAUCCAGAUUUCAACUUUGUCGGUCGCAUUCUGGGACCACGCGGCAUGACAGCCAAACAAUUGGAACAGGAGACUGGCUGCAAGAUCAUGGUCCGAGGCAAGGGCUCCAUGCGCGACAAGAAGAAGGAGGAUGCCAAUCGUGGCAAGCCCAACUGGGAGCAUUUGUCCGAUGAUCUGCAUGUCCUGAUCACCGUCGAGGACACCGAGAAUCGUGCCAAGGUCAAGCUGGCUCAGGCUGUGGGCGAAGUACAAAAGUUGCUCGUGCCGCAAGCCGAAGGCGAAGACGAGCUCAAGAAACGUCAACUAAUGGAAUUGGCCAUAAUAAAUGGCACCUAUAGGGACACAACAGCGAAAUCUGUCGCAGCUUUCUCAUGCGUUGGCUCUCCCUCUGCUUCUGUUCUGUAUCCCGCAGUGUGCGAAGAGGAAUGGCGUCGUCUGAUGGCUGGAUCCGACAAUCGCCUGCUAACACCCGCCGGCCUGCCCGCUGGAUUGGCCGCACAGAUACGUGCCCCAUCAUCGGCGCCGCUGGGCGCACCAUUGAUACUGAACCCCAGGAUGUCCGUGCCCACAUCGGCAGCCAGCAUAUUGUCCCAGGCGCCGUCGGGUGCCUUCGAUCAGAGUGGACAUCAAAUGAUCUUUGCCCCAUAUGCGGACUAUGCGAAUUAUGCGGCACUCGCUGGCAAUCCUCUGCUCGCGGAAUAUGCUGAUCAUAGCGUUGGUCGAUAUAUGCAUGCCGGCUCCGUCUUUUGAACUUCUAUCCCCACUCUCUAUUAUUUUUCCCCCUGAGUAAAAACAGAAAUACCAACAAUCCAAAACCAAUCCAGAAAUCCAAAAAUCCAGAAAUUGUUAGCUUAAACGUUUCUUUAGUUGCAGUCACAAAUUAGAGACUGUUUUAUAAACAAAUUUAAUAUAUUUAGAGAACAAAAAGAGUAAACAAACGGCACAACAAGAUCAACAAACAACAAACAAACAAAAUACUCAAAUGAAAGAUAAUGGAAGACAAAGAGUUAUAAUUAUUGCGCGUCAAUGAAUUUGGGUUUAUUUUUUCUCCUGUUCUGUAAUAGUUAGUCGAUAGGUCGCAAGAAAAGUUCAAUGACUAUUUGGCGAAAAUAAGUGAUUUUUAGGCCCAUUAUUUGUAGUUUUUUUAGUUCUCUUUAUCCGAGUAUUUAUCAAUCCCCCAGUUCCCCCCCAAAUAUGUUUUUUGAUAUGAGUAUAUUCUAGUUGAGAACAGCAGCAGAGCGCCAGCAGCGCAGCAGCAGAGUUGUUGAUUCUCAUAAAUUUGUUGUUUUUAUUUUUCGUGGAACCCUUUGAGUAUUUUCAAAUUUUUGAGUAGAGAGUGAGCGAUAAGAAAACAAAAAACUUUCAACCAAGUUGGCAGAGUUGCAAAAUCUAUUUUAUUAUUACUAUUAUUAGCAUUUUCUUAGGAUUAUAUUUUGUGGUUUAAGGGUUUUUAGUCUAGUAUUUUUUGUUUUGUUUUUUCUUUUGCAUAGUUACUUUUACUAGCGAUGAUGAGGAGGAUUAAAUAUGAUGAUGGGGCGGGACAGUAUUUAUGCACAAAUGUACCUUACGUAGCAGAAGAAAAAAGAAAAACCGUUUCAAUUUUUUCCAGCCAGUGCCAUUUGUCAGAAUUGCAGCAGAGCUUUUAUAUCGUAUGCGAAAUGUAACUUAAUCUAGUAAGAAAAAAGGGAGCCUUGAAUCCAGUUGGUGCUUAAUUUAUUUAAUAAGUUUUGAAGUCAAGGCAGCCGUCCAGGAAUACAGCAACAGAAAUAGAAUCAAGAAUUGAAUGCACGACUAGUCAGCAAAUCGAGAUGAAGAUGAACAAUAUUUAAAUCAAUAUUACUACUACUACACAAACAAA